CAGGUCUGGCACCAGGACCCCUUCGGGCGCAGGGAGCUCUACGGCUACGGCUUCUGCCACGUGCCGUGCAGCCCGGGCUGGCACGCGCUGGCCUGCGUCACCUGGCAGCCCCUGGGCUCCUGGCAGGAACGGCUCUCCCAGCUCUUUGUGGGCGGGGGGCCCCAGCUGCUGAACAGCGACCUGAUCUACACGGGGGCCGACCGGUACCGCCUGCAGACCAGCGCCGCGGGCACCGUGCACCUGGAGCUGGGCGUGCUGCUGCGCCACUUCGCCCGCUACGGGGUGGAGUGCUAGGGAGUGGG